UGCAAAUCAUUGUCGUCGUCGUCGUGUAGCUCUUGAUCGCGAAAAAUCUUGGUCUGAAAUGGUGGAAAGCAAGACAGCGGUGCCCGCUCCAGCUGAGGGAGACAAAAAGGAGGAGAAGCGUAAAGUUGUCGAAACGAAAGAUGCUGAAUUGUCCGAGGAGGACAAGAAUCUUCAAGAUGAGCUCAACAUGUUGGUCCAGAGGCUGCAGGAGCCGGAUCAGUCACUGUACAAGGCGGCUCUCGAGUCGCUUCGGACUCUGAUUCGUGCGUCGACGACAUCGAUGACGUCGGUGCCGAAACCGCUGAAGUUUCUCAGGCCGCACUAUCAGACGCUUAAAGAUUGUCAUUCCAAGAUGAAAGAUCCGAAGACCAAAGCGUUCUGCGCGGACAUUAUCUCAGUGCUCGGUAUGACAGUGUCCGAGGACCGCGACUGUCUCAAGUUUCGACUCAUCGGAUCCCACGAGGAAAUCGGUUCGUGGGGCCACGAGUACGUCCGCCAUCUGAGCGCCGAGAUCGCUCAAGAAUGGAGCACGAACGAGGCUUCUCGUCCUGAGCUUUUGGGAUUGACACGUCAGAUCGUGCCCUACCACAUGGCGCACAACGCCGAAUCCGAGGCAUGCGAUCUUCUCAUGGAAAUCGAGCAACUGCAACUCCUCGAGGAGUACGUCGACACCGAGGCGUACCCGAGAGUGUGUCGUUAUCUGACGUCAUGCGUGCCAUACGUGCCGGACCCGGAGAAUCUGGUUCUGAUCACGAGCGCUUUGUCGAUUUUCAUCAAGUUCGGCAACUACCCGGAUGCGCUCCGUCUCGCGAUGCAGCUCAACGACGUGGACCGAGUCGCGGAGAUUUUCAACAAAUGCAAAGACUUGACCAUUCAGAAGCAAAUGGCUUUCAUGAUGGGUAGGCAGCAGAUGGUACUGCCCGAAAUCGACGCCAUCGCCAACUACGAAGUUCUGAACGAAAUCGCAUCGAACUCCUCGAUCAGUGACCACUUCCUGAGUCUCGCUCGUGAGCUCGACAUCGUGGAAGCGAAAAGCCCCGAAGACAUCUACAAAUCUCACCUGGACAACACCAGAUCGUCGUAUACCAACGUCGAUUCGGCUAAACAAAACCUCGCAUCCAGUUUCGUGAACGGAUUCGUGAACGCCGCUUUCCUGAACGACAAGAUCUUCAGCGACGAUGGCAACAAAUGGAUCCACAAGAACCGAGACCAGGGGAUGAUGGCCGCAACAGCGUCACUCGGUCUCAUCCAGCUCUGGUCCGUCGACCACGGUCUGUCCCAGAUUGACAAGUACAUCUAUUCGAACGAUGAUUACGUCAAAGCCGGUGCGAUCCUCGCUUGCGGUAUUGUCAACUGCGGGGUUCGUAACGACUGCGACCCGGCUAUGGCUCUUCUCUCGGACUACGUUCUCAACAACAGCAUGCUCCUGAGAGUCGGCUCCAUUCUCGGGCUGGGUCUCGCCUACGCGGGCUCGAAUAACCCGAACGUCAUUACUCUGAUUCUUCCCGUGUUCUCGGAUCCGCAAACCACUCCCGAAGUUCUCGGAAUAGCGGCGUUGUCGCUCGGACUAAUCGGCGUCGCAUCGCAGAACGCCGAUAUCACCUCGACCGUGAUGACGGCUCUCUUGGAGAAGACUCCGGAGAACCUCAAGGACGCCUUCUCACGGUUCCUGCCGCUCUGUCUAGGGCUCCUGUACCUGGGCAAACAGGAGAGUUGCGAAGCCAUAGUCGCCGCUUUAGAGGUAGCGCCAGAGCCCUUCAGGUCGAUGGCCGUGACCAUGGUCGAAUGCUGUGCUUAUGCUGGAACGGGCAACGUUCUCAAAGUGCAGAAGCUUCUGCAUAUCUGUUCGGAGCAUUUCGAGCCGGAAGAAGAACCGACGAAGGACAGCAAGAAAGAAAAGAAGGCCGCCGCGGCUGCUGCUGCCGCUGCCGCUGCGGCGGCGGCUGCCGCGUCGACGUCGACCGCAUCGACCUCGACCGCUGAAGAGAAGAAGGACGAAAAAAUCAAUUUGAGCUCUCAGCAGAGUAUCGCCGUUCUGGGUCUCGCGCUGAUCGCUAUGGGCGAGGAUAUCGGAGCCGAUAUGGCGUUCCGCACGUUCGGGCACCUCCUGCGUUACGGGGAGCCCUGCAUCAAACGCGCUGUGCCUUUGGCCCUCAGUCUCCUAUCGGUCUCGAAUCCGAAGCUGAAUAUUCUCGAAACUUUGUCCAAGUUCUCUCACGACUCCGACCCGGAGGUCGCACACGCUGCUAUCUUUAGCAUGGGUAUUGUCGGCGCGGGGACGAACAACGCUCGUUUGGCGGCCAUGCUCCGUCAACUGGCGCAGUACCAUGCUAAGGAUUCGAAUAACCUAUUCAUGGUUCGCCUAGCGCAAGGUCUAGCCCACAUGGGCAAAGGAACAUUGACCCUCAGUCCGUAUCAUUCGGACCGGCAGUUGCUCAAUCCAACUGCCGUCGCUGGAUUGUUUGCUACACUCGUCAGCUUCUUAGACGUUAGGAACACCAUUUUGAGCAAGAGUCCAUAUCUUCUGUACUGCUUAGUGCCGGCGAUCCAACCGAGAAUGCUAGUUACGUUCGACGAGGAUCUCCAGCCUCUUCCCGUCCCGGUUCGAGUCGGACAGGCCGUCGAUGUGGUGGGCCAAGCUGGACGCCCCAAAACCAUCACCGGCUUCCAAACCCACACCACUCCGGUGCUGCUGUCGUUCGGAGAACGCGCGGAGUUGGCCACAGAUGAGUACUUGGCUCUGACUCCGGUAUUGGAAGGCUUCGUCAUACUUAGAAAGAACCCCAACUAUGAGCCAUGAGGAUCUCGUGUCUUUCUGUGUAAAUA